UGUGAGGCGGUGCCGGGCCGUGCCCGCACCCGGCAUGGCGGCCGGCGGCUUCGGCGGCGCUCCCGUCUCGUCCGCUGGAGGCAGGGAGCGGGCUGCCGGCUGCCCGCACUCGGCAUGGCGGUCAAAGGGGCCCGGCAGCGGCCGCGGGCAGGAGGAGGAGGAGGCGGCGAGGCGGGCCGGCCGCGCUCGGAGGCGGAGGAGGCUCGCCUGGAACCAUCUGGGAGCAAAGCAGGACAAGUGUGGGCUCCUGAAGGAUCAACGGCAUUCAAGUGUCUCAUCUCAGCCAGGUUCUGUGCAGCUCUUCUGAGCAACAUCUCGGAUUGUGAUGAGACGUUUAACUACUGGGAACCAACACACUACCUCGUUUACGGGAAGGGGUUUCAGACGUGGGAAUACUCUCCAGCCUAUGCCAUCCGCUCCUAUGCUUACCUGUGGCUUCAUGCCUUACCAGCGCUGUUCCAUGCUAGAGUUCUACAAACUAACAAGGUUCUUAUCUUCUAUUUCCUCCGAUGCUUCCUGGCGUUCCUGAGCUGUGUUUGUGAACUCUACUUCUAUAAGGCUGUGUGCAAGAAGUUUGGGCUACAUGUGAGUCGGCUGAUGUUGGCCUUCUUAGUUCUCAGCACGGGGAUGUUCUGCUCAUCUGCAGCCUUCCUCCCCAGCAGUUUCUGCAUGUACACCACGGUGAUUGCCAUGACUGGCUGGUACAUGGACAGGACCUCUGUAGCAGUGCUGGGCAUAGCUGCUGGAGCCCUUGUGGGCUGGCCCUUCAGCGCGGCUCUUGGGCUUCCUAUUGCCUUUGACUUGUUAAUAAUGAAGCAGAGGUGGAAAAGCUUCUUAAACUGGUGUGUGGUGUCGUUGAUCCUGUUUUUGGUGCCCCUGGUAGUUGUGGACAGCUAUCACUACGGGAAGCUGGUAGUUGCACCUCUCAACAUUGUUUUAUACAAUGUCUUCACCUCUCACGGACCUGAUCUCUACGGUACCGAACCCUGGUCCUUCUAUUUCAUCAAUGGCUUUCUGAAUUUCAACGUGGCAUUUAUUUUGGCGCUGCUUGUGCUACCGCUGACUUAUCUCAUGGAGUGCCUGCUUCAGAAGUUUCAUGUUCAGAAUCUGGGCCGUCCCUACUGGCUGACGCUAGCUCCUAUGUACAUCUGGAUCGUCAUUUUCUUCAGUCAGCCCCACAAAGAAGAGAGGUUUCUCUAUCCCAUCUAUCCCCUCAUAUGUCUCUGCAGUGCUGUCGCUCUGUCUGCUCUUCAGAAGUGUUACCACUUUGUAUUCCAGCGCUACCGCCUGGAGCACUACACAGUCUCCUCCAACUGGUUGGCUCUGGGGACUGUUUUUCUCUUUGGCCUUUUGUCACUGUCACGCUCAGUUGCCUUAUUCAGAGGCUACCAUGGGCCUCUGGACCUGUACCCAGAAUUUCACAGGAUUGCUACUGACCCGAGUAUUCACACUGUGCCAGAGGGGAGACCAGUUAACGUCUGCGUGGGAAAGGAAUGGCACAGAUUUCCAAGCAGCUUUCUCUUGCCAGAAAAUUGGCAGCUCCAGUUUAUCCUGUCGGAGUUCAGGGGCCAGUUACCAAAACCCUUUGCCAAGGGACCAAUGGCCACACGGAUCAUUCCCACUGACAUGAACGACCAGAACAAGGAAGAGCCAUCUCGAUACGUUGACAUUUCCAAAUGCCACUACCUGGUGGACUUGGACACAGCAGCUGAAACCCCGAGGGAGCCGAGGUAUUCCUUGAACAAAGAAGAGUGGGUGACCAUUGCCUACAAGCCGUUCCUAGAUGCUUCCAGGUCCUCAAAGCUGCUGCGCGCAUUCUACAUUCCUCUCCUCUCAGAAGGGUACACACGGUAUGCAAACUACACUAUCCUGAAACCCCGGAGGUCGAAGCAAACGAGGAAAAAAAUGGGAGGCUAGGAGCACACCUGGGUAACAAAACCAAAAGCAUGUGCUGACACUCUUAGACAGCUACCUAAGCAUUCUUCAGUUCCUUUUCUGAAAGAUUGCGCUUGUAAGAUUCACUAAUAAAGAUUUCCCACGAAGUGAUUUUGCUCUGCAGGCUUCCAGCUGUAAGGAGGGUACAUCAUCUGCUUUCAGUUCUCAGUGUCAGGUCUCUGCUCUGCCUACACAGAACGGUUUAGAACCAGUCUGAAAAUCCAGCAGCCACCUACGAACGUAUUAGCUGUGCUGCUCCCUGUGUUAUUAUCUGUUACACCAGAGAAGAGAAAAAUGGAAAAUAAAAAGGAGUGACAGGAUGAGGUUCUGCUCCGGGUUGCAAUCUGGCACUGGGAAAAUCCGGUUCUGCUCCCUCUGUCUCUCUGGUCCGUGGCUGUUUAAGUGCUGUUCUGCUCGCUUUCUCCUAGGGGUUUUUUUCAGACAGCAGAUCUUAUUUUUAUUGUUAAUAUUUUUGGAACAAAAAGGAAGGAAGAAAACACUUGAAAGACACUUAACUGUGAAAUGCACUGAAACUUGAGGAAUGAAGUAGUCUGUGCUGUGGAGAAACAGCCUGAAGUUGCUCUGUCCAGGGGAUCUUUUCAAGAACAAACUUGUGCUUUUGGGGAAAAAAGCCAGCACAAACUUGUGAAUUGAGCUAAUUGUCUGUUUUAAUGGGACUGGGGUGUUUUUGUUACAUUUGACAAUAUGAAACACAGUGUGUUUGUUUGUUAUUUAUCAUUUUUUUAAAGAUACCUCUAACAUGCUUUCAGUUCUACAGUACAGCAUCUUAAAAUUUCUGGGAACAGGCAGAGAAGAGAAGAAAGUUGGGUUUUAUUUUUUGCAAUCCUGUUUCCUAAAGCUACCAAGUAGUGCGUGUGUUUGUUCCAUUGGUCCACUCUGCUUCAGAUUGUAUGUAAUUACAUCUCCAUUUUAAAAACAUGCAGUGUAACAAGCUGAAUGGAGUCGUUUUCACCCAUAUCCUUGGAACUGUGCAGGCAUGGGAAGGGAUGAGAUGGAGCAGAGAGGAAGCUCCCUUUGCAAACGGCUACGCAAGCUCCGUACCUCGCUGUGAGAGUGAUUACUGGGCUGCGUGUGCAGUGACAAAGAGCCAGAGCAGGUGGGUCGGGAAGCAGAGGGGUUGGUGUGCAAUCAGCAGGGCGCGUGCCCCCGAGGAAGGCGUCAGGCCGGCUGCAGGACGCGGCACUGGGCAGCUCCGGGGCCCCUCUGCGGGCUGACAUCUGAGCAGGAGGGAACGCAGGGCUGUACCCGCGGGGCUGGGAUCUACCGCUGCUGCUGCGACAGGGGAGGGGGAGCUGGAUGGGAAGGAAAGCAGAAUUGUAAGAGGAAUUUGGAAAUGCAGGGAGAGGUACUCUGAAUCCUCUGCGUUUCAUUAGGGGAAAGGCUUUCAAUGAUGUUCUCUGUUGGAAACGGCUUUUACGGUGCCAAACACGGUAAGAGCAAGCUGCACUGUGUUGUCUGAGUGAUUACAGCAUGGAGAACGCAGUUCUCUCCCCUUGCACCCUCACCGUAUGGAGGAACAAUUCGAAGCUGAGACUCUGAAUUUAACCUUCGAUGGCUUAGGGAACCAUUUGUGACAUCUGAUUCCAACCUUUGAAGGCUUAGGGAACGUUUGUGACGUGCAAAUCUUGGCCCUUCUCAGAGGGAGGAUUUACCUCUGCUUAGUAUCGCCCCUCGUAAGAGUCAAACGUAGAGCUUCAAGGAUUUCUGCCAAGCAACUGGUGUCUUGGGAGAGUUGGUCUGGGAGGCCGGAGUCACAUCGCAGGUCAACAUUGUGGUGUCUGUGUUCACAGGAUUCCCUCACCUCCCUCCAGCCGCCUCUACCCCUCAUAACAGUUUACAUGUGUGGAACAGGGCUCCUCCAGUGGUGAAUCAAAACCAAAACCUUUGCCCUGUUUGUUGCCUCUCUCCUUGCUCAUCUCUGACCUUAAAUCCAAUAAAGAAACAAAUGUGGUUUAA